AUGACGACAGAUUUAAACAAGGGUGACAGCCUCACUCCAGAACUUGCAUCGGCAGUCUCGAUAGACUAUGAAGUACACCAGUUCCUCGCCGUAUUGCCGAAAAAGGAGGAUUAUGACCACCUCGAGAAGAUCUACAUUCGAGACGUUCACCGGAUUCUACCCGUCAUGAACCUCGAUAUACUCCAGGCGUCAACAUCAACGAUAUCCCAAGUUCUCUGCAAGCAAGCCAUAUGCCUAGCUGCCGGCUCAAAUCCGAGCGCUAGACCUUACUUGACUCUUGGUCAAGACUCAUCGGCAGUCUUAAGCUACUCGGAAUUCGCCGUCCGCCUUUCCUCUGCCAUCCGGAAAGCUCUCAGCCUCGGGCUGGUCAAGGACCGAGUCCAAGCCGUCGCCAUCAUGGUCAUUCUCUCCCUGUACACUCACUUCUCGCCGGACCGCCAUCUGUCUGCCGAGCUGGCGGCACAGGCCGUCAGCAACGCCCAGACAGUGGGACUUCACCUCCAAAAUCCGCCGGCGAGGUCUGAGGAUCCGGCGUAUUUGACGCGGCUAUUCUGUUGUGUCUGGGCCAUGGACCAGCUCAAUGCCGCUUUCCACGGGCGGCCUGUGAUGAUACACGAAAGGGACCUGGGGCGAGACAUGGUGGAGUGUAUCCGAGAGCAAGACAGCUGCUUCCGACUGUUCCUCGAGAUUGUGGUCUUGCUCGGGUGCAUCAUCGACCUGUAUCGCCCGGCAGCAAAGAAUACGGGCUGCGUUGUCAUGGAGGAUUUCCCAAGCUUUGAUAACCUCGUCGAAAGGGCCCAGGCUCUCGGUGUUGAAUCUCGCCUCUUAGCCUCCAUGGAGCUCCUCUAUCAUGGCAUUGGCAUCUUGUCAUGUCGAAUUCCUGUUGGCUCGACUAGAUCUGAGCACCUUUCACUGGCGCUCAAUCGACAAGCUCUCUCGGCUAUGAAGAUCACAACUAUCAUUGAGGACUUUGGCAACACGUUAUCACACAUGACUUUCGUACCAUACGCCGUAUCUCUAUCCCUACGGGUCGCAUAUCGAGAACUGCGAUCAUCCAAAGUGCCAAUGUUGACGGCAAGAUCCCGGCGACAGCUCCAGUCAACUUGCAAGACACUCCGUGGGAUGAGCAGUAUGUUCAGGUCUGCGCAAGUCAUGGUUGACCUAGCCGAACAAGUGAUCCAAGAGAUAGAUCAAGUUUGCACCAACGCCAUGAAUGAGCAAAACGGGGCCGGCUCGACAAAUGCGCCAAAUACUCCUCGGCAGGACCAAGCAGUACCACAUACCGCGCCUAUUAUAGGCAUCAGCAAUGUUGAUGACGGGAAUUGCCCGCCAAACAACGAGUCGAUGCCGGUCUUUGAUCCUUCGCUCUUCGAGGGGCCUGCAGGUUUCGAUGUCUUCGAGUUCUUCGACCCCGGCGAUCUCAAUGCCAUCGAUGCCAUCUUGGGAGGCGAUGCUCCGCCAGGAAUUGGGCCCAUGGGCUCUUUUAUCUAA